CCGGCGGCGGGUCGGGCCGCAGCGAGAGCCCCCCACUCGGGUCCGCGCCCCCCGCCAUGGCCGCGCCGGCCGAAGGCUCCGGGGCCAACUGGACGGCGGACGCCGGCCCGUCGGGGUCCCUGGGCGCGGCGCUGGCGCUGGCGCUGCCCUCCGACGCCGCGUGGCUGCAGCUGCUGGCGCCCGCGGGCGGCAACGCGUCGGGUCCCGCGCCGCCCGCGACCCCCGCGCCCCCCGCGUCCGCGCGCGCCGCGCCGCACCCCUUCGUGCAGCCGUCGUGGCGCAUCGCGCUCUGGUCGCUGGCCUACGGCGCCGUGGUGGCGGCCGCCGUGCUCGGCAACCUGGUGGUGGUCUGGAUCAUCCUGGCGCACAAGCGCAUGCGGACCGUCACCAACUGCUUCCUCGUCAACCUGGCGCUGGCCGACGCCGCCACGGCCGCCUUCAACGCGCUGGUGAACUUCAUCUACGCGCUGCACGGGGAGUGGUACUUCGGCGCCGGCUACUGCCGCUUCCAGAACUUCUUCCCCAUCACCGCCGUGUUCGCCAGCAUCUACUCCAUGACGGCCAUCGCGGUGGACAGGUACAUGGCCAUCAUCGAUCCCCUGAAGCCCAGACUGUCGGCCAAGGCCACCAAGCUGGUCAUCGGGAGCAUCUGGGUGCUGGCCUUCCUGCUGGCCCUCCCGCAGUACCUGUACUCCAGAAUCCAGGUCCUGCCCAGCCGCACGCUGUGCUACGUGCAGUGGCCAGAAGGCCCCAAGCAGCACUUCAUCUACCACAUGGCGGUCAUCGUGCUGGUGUACUUCCUGCCUCUGCUCGUCAUGGGGGUCACCUACACCCUCGUGGGGCUCACCCUGUGGGGCGGCGAGAUCCCGGGGGACACCUGCGACAAGUACCACGAGCAGCUCAAGGCCAAGAGGAAGGUGGUGAAGAUGAUGGUCCUGGUGGUGGUGACCUUCGCCGUGUGCUGGCUGCCCUACCACACCUAUUUCAUCCUCACAGCCGUGUACCAGCAGCUCAGCAGGUGGAAGUACAUCCAGCAGGUCUACCUGGGCAGCUUCUGGCUGGCCAUGAGCUCCACCAUGUACAACCCCAUCAUCUACUGCUGCCUGAACAAGAGGUUCCGAGCAGGUUUCAAGAGGGCCUUCCGCUGGUGCCCCUUCAUCCACAUGUCCAGCUACGAUGAGAUGGAGCUCAGGCCCACCCGGUUCCGCCCGACCCAGCAUAGCAGCCUAUACACGGUGACCCGGCUGGAGUCCAUGACGGCGAGUGACCAGGGUCAGCUCAGCGGGAAGAGGCCAGCAGCUGGCCCCGCGGGGCCUCCGUCCCCACCGGCUUCUUGA